CUUUUGGGCCGCCCAGUGGGCCGGCUUCCUUGGGCUAGGCCUGCCUUGGUUCGGGGAGAGUGGGAUUGAAAACGGCAACCGGCGCCCUCCCUUCUCUCUCCCGUCUCCAAUUCCAAUCCCUGUACAUCAACAGGACCUCACCUCUCGGCGAGCCUGGUGGGAACAACCCCCUUUGCUCGCGCCGUCGGGCAGGCGAACUCACCAUGCAUCGCGUCGCGGCUCUGCUCCCCUCGUGGGACCGGUCGAGACAAGCGGCAACAACAUCGACGACGACGACUCCGACGCCCACCCCCGCGCCUGCCCCCGCGCCUACGUCCGCGUCCGGGACUGCGCCGAAAACACCCCGGGCGCUGGACAAGGUCUUUGGCUGGGCCGAGAAGAUGGUCGUGCCCGCCAGCCGGAACAGCUCCCCCGCCGCAGUCCCCGUGCCCACCCGCUACGGCCGAGAGACAUACUGGCCGACCUCGCUCGACAAGGAGUGCGACAAGGCCGCCCGGAUCAUCAAAUCGUUCUGCUUUGACGGCUUCCUCUCCCAGGAAUUGGAGACGUCUGAAGCAGCAGACGCAACCCAGCCCCAGUCGUCACCCGCCUACGUUACCAAAAAGAUUCCCCCACGAAUUAUACAAAAUGCUGUUGGCCUCGCCGUGUUCUCGUGCAUGCGCUCCGGCCUCUGGAUGUCCGGGUCCGGCGGUGCCGGCUUGAUCAUAGCCCGCAAGGCGGACGGGACCUGGUCACCUCCGUCGGGCAUCAUACUCCACACGGCCGAACUUGCCUUUGUCAUGGGUGUCGACGUCUACGACUGCCUUCUGGUGAUCAACAGCGUGCACACCCUUGAGCUGUUCACCCGCCCCAGGUUAAUACUCGGCGCUGAUGUCAGCCUGGCCGUAGGGCCACUCGUCGCUGCCGCUGCCGCUGAUGGAUCCCGAGACCCCGAGAUCAGAUGGAAGGAGAUCAGUGACACCGUCUUGACCUACGUGAAAGCGAGGGGCAAGCACCAGGCGGUGCAGUUGGAUGGCUCACUCGUCACGGAACGCGCGAAUGAGAACGAGAGGUUCUACUGCGCCGACGUCACCAUCCUCGACAUCCUUGCCGGCAACAUCCCCAAGAACGUGCCUGAGAUGCGUCCCCUGUUCGAGGUGAUCAAGGCUGCCGAGGGCCGCUCCGACUACGACAAGGCCUUGAUGGAUUGGUUGGCCCAGCAGCCCGCCCCUGGCGACGCCGACAUCGAGAGCCCCGAGGCUUCCAUCGCCUCUCCGACAAAACAAGCCUUCGGCCUCCCUGACGCCAACGAUCCCGACCCGUUCGGCGUCAUCGGUCUGGAAAUGGCCGGCAUCGAGAUCCGGGAGGCCGGCACCAAGCUACGCCCCACGAGCACCCAGUUCGAGUACCACCCGAGCCCGACGAGCCCCGCGUACGGGAGGUUCAGCCGCCAGAGCAUGGACACGUUCGUCUCGAGAAGUAACCGAGGCAGCUGCAUGUCGGCGAGGACACAGACAACCGUGAUGACGGACGCGUGCACGCAGACGGACGCCGCGAGCACCGCUGACACCAGCUACAGCCGCGCCAACAGCGACGACGGAAAGGACGGCGUGGAGAGGUUACCCACGGUUGCGGAACCCGAUGAAGUCGAUUACACACAGGUCGACAGCAGUGUCAUAGAGCAGCUGAAGCCAAAGCCCGUCGAAGUCGCAGCGCCAGAACCGAUACCCGCCGCCGAGCUCAACGCGGUGCAGGCCACCGCCGAUGCCGCCAUCGCUACGGAGCGCGGAGAAGCUAGAAAGACGAAGCUCGAGCCCACAGACCAGGCUGCUAGCCCGGAGGUCUCGGUUGAAGAGCCCAGUCCUCCCGUCACCGACGAGCAGGACGAAGACGCCGAUGACGAGGACGACGAAGAAGACGAGGACGAAGAGCCCGUGAUCUGCGAAGUGGCCACCGCGUCGACCCAGCCAACGCGGAGCUCCAUCCAGACGCCCCAGGUCACUCACGUCAUCCACGCCAAGGGCGCCAUCGUGACCAUCCCGAAGAGGAUACCGCCGCCCCUGCCGGCACGGAAUCCCGCCCGCGCAUCGCGGGGCAGCAAGAGCGACUACGGCGACGUAUCCUCGCUGCGGAGCCCCGUCAGAAAUUCCUUCCUUUCGGUCGAGUCGCGCAGCGAUGAUGCCAGCCCCGCUGCGGAGAGAGUUUCUAUCGACGAAACGAUUGCCACUACCCAAGAAGAGCCCCACACGUCCAAGCCCACCGAAGGAAGCGCGCUCAUGCAGCGACCCGCCAGCCCAAGGCACCAGAAGAACUCGUCAUCCGUCUGCACCGCCGUCGCCAUCGACACCACCGUUCAGCACGGGACCAGCCUCGCCCGAGAUGAGAACGAGAACGAGAACGAGAACGAUAGAGAGAGCCUCGCGGUCCCACCGACGCCGCAGACCCUCGAUCCGGGCUCGUCAGCCGAGGACGAGUCGGAGCGCGAGCCCAAGACGCCCCAGACGGCCGAGACGGAUUUGGACACGGCGUCGGAGCAGUCUCGCAAGUCAGGCGAGCGUGUGGACGGGAUCUCCGCCUCCGCGGCGAGCGACCCCGAAAGAGGCGGCGCCGUCAGCGUUGCGUGAGCAUGCUUGCGCACCCAUUCUGCGUACCUAACCAGUCCCACGACCUUGGCACCUGAUUGCUUUUGGUGGCGACCUGGCGCAGCAAGGGCGGGUGGAGGUGUUUUCCGAUGAAAGGGAUUGGGCCAUUUUAGAAAGAAAACCGGCGGGAACUUGCUCCUUCCGUUUCUCUUUACUCUCCCAGGCCCGGGUAUGACAUGAAUCCUUCGCCGAUGCCGCGACGGGGGCUGGCCGCAGCAGGUAAAUCAGCGAGGAGCGGGCUGCGCGUUCAGCCAGCGUUCUAGUUCGGAGG